AUGACCCUAACAAAGCAAAGAUCGAUUCGAGACCCAAAUGCCUUCCCAACCACUCAAUUGUUCUUGCUUGCUAUCGUACGCCUCGCCGAGCCAAUUGCACUUACAUCGAUCUUCCCAUAUGCCUGGCCGCUGGUAAAGAAAUUCCACGUCGGCAAUGAGGCCGAUGCCUCCUUCUAUGCAGGCCUCCUCAUCAGCGCGUUUGCGCUGGCUGAGAGUCUGACGGGCAUGUACUGGGGAGGUUUGUCUGAUAGGGUUGGUCGGAAACCAGUUUUGCUGAUAGGAUGCACUGGCACAAUGCUGAGCAUGCUUAUAAUGGGCUUUGCGUCGAAUAUAUGGCUUGCCUUGGCGGGGAGGGCACUAGGGGGAUUCUUAAAUGGGAAUAUUGGCGUUAUACAGACUAUGGUCGGCGAAUUGGUCACGAAGCCAGAACAUGAACCUCGUGCCUACAGCAUUAUGCCUUUUAUCUGGUCGAUCGGAACUAUCAUUGGACCUGCGAUUGGGGGAGCUUUCGCUGAUCCCGCAACCUCCUUCCCAAACACAUUCUCCAAAGACGGCCUCUUUGCACAAUUUCCAUACCUUCUGCCGAAUCUCCUUUGCUCAGGACUUCUCCUAAUCAGCAUCAUUGCCGGUUACUUUCUCCUCGAGGAAACACAUCCAGACAUGAAACCCCGCGUCUUUCUGCCAGACUCCACCUACGUAUCCGACGAAACACCCCUGAUUGCAACAGCAGACGCGAUCAAGACUCCUGCAGUUGAUCUGCGAGCCGAGACAUACGGCACAUUCGAAGGCAGUGACGACAGCAAAUGGCGCCACGCCCAAACAAAAAUCAAGCCCGUGAAGAUCUUCACAAAGCGUAUUAUAGCCACUAUUUUCGCCCUCGGCAUUUUUACAUACCACAGCAUGUCUUAUGAUCACCUCCUACCCAUAUUCUUAGAAGACAAGCGUGGCGAAUCCGUCUCCAUCUUUGCGCAAUCGGCAAUGGGUAUCAACUCCUUUUCCUCCCCCGGCGGUCUCGGUCUCAGCGUGCAGAAAGUAGGAGUCAUAAUGUCCAUAAACGGCGUCAUAGCCCUCUUCGUGCAAGCAGUCGUCUUCCCCUUUGCUGCGGAGAAGCUCGGUAUCCACAGACUUUUCAUCCUGGUCUCACUUCUGCACCCGGUGGCAUAUCUCGUCAUGCCAUAUCUCAUCUACCUACCUGCCAAGUGGCUCAUGCUAGGGAUUUACUUUUGUCUAACAAUUCGCAAUAUGCUAUCUAUCCUUGCGUACCCGGUCCUACUUAUUCUUAUCAAGGAGGCGACGCCUAGUCCUUGCGUGCUGGGGAAAAUCAAUGGUUUGGCUGCCUCUGCCGGAGCAGCUUGCAGAACUAUUGCUCCUCCUGUGAGUGGAUAUCUAUAUACGCUCGGAUCGAGAAUGGAUUUCACUGGUCUGGCAUGGUAUGGGAGUGCUCUCGUUGCUGGUGUUGGCGCCGUGCAAUGCUUCGGGGUGAGAAGAGCAAGGAACGAGGUGGAUGAUAAAGAGGCCAAGGAAGAAGGGCCUGCUGUUACCGUCGGGGAAGUUGAUGAGGAGUAUCGAGAUGCAAAUGCAUAG